UGUACAUCCACUGUCAUCCCAAUUGAUGAAUUCCCUCCAAAAUUGGGGAAAAGGGUUUAGGGAAGGUUUUCUUCAGAGUAAGCCAUCCAAAUCGAACUACUCUCACAAGCGUCUGCUCCAAAAAUGGCGUCUUCCUCUUCAUCAUCAUCGGGACAUGCGUACGAAAUUCCAUGGGUAGAGAAGUACAGACCCUCCAAAGUGUCCGACAUUGUUGGCAACGAAGACGCCGUCUCUCGGCUUCAAGUCAUCGCUCGCGACGGCAACAUGCCCAACCUCAUCUUAGCCGGUCCUCCUGGAACUGGUAAAACCACUAGUAUAUUAGCUCUUGCACAUGAGCUGUUGGGACCAAAUUGUAAGGAGGCUGUGUUAGAGCUAAAUGCAUCAGAUGACAGGGGAAUUGAUGUUGUCAGAAACAAAAUUAAGAUGUUUGCCCAAAAGAAAGUUACACUACCCCCUGGGAGACACAAAGUAAUCAUAUUGGAUGAAGCUGACAGCAUGACUUCUGGAGCACAACAAGCCUUGAGGCGGACGAUGGAAAUAUAUUCUAACUCCACCCGUUUUGCUCUUGCUUGCAAUAUUUCCUCUAAAAUUAUUGAGCCUAUCCAGAGUAGAUGUGCCCUUGUCCGAUUUGCAAGAUUAUCUGAUCAAGAAAUUCUUAGUCGUCUCAUGGUGGUGGUGGAAGCAGAAAAGGUUCCUUAUGUCCCAGAAGGCCUUGAAGCAAUCAUUUUCACUGCUGAUGGUGAUAUGAGGCAGGCAUUGAAUAACUUGCAAGCUACAUACAGUGGAUUCCGGUUUGUCAAUCAAGAAAAUGUUUUCAAGGUUUGUGACCAGCCUCAUCCAUUGCAUGUGAAGAAUAUGGUACGAAAUGUACUAGAAGGGAAAUUUGACGAUGCUUGUGCUGCUUUAAAGCAGCUCUAUGAUUUGGGCUACUCUCCCACUGACAUAAUCACAACCCUUUUUCGAAUUAUCAAGAACUUUGAUAUGGCUGAGUAUCUGAAAUUGGAGUUCAUGAAGGAAACUGGAUUUGCACAUAUGAGAAUCUGUGAUGGAGUUGGUUCAUAUCUUCAGCUUUGUGGGUUGCUGGCUAAGCUUGCACUAGUCCGGGAAACUGCUAAAGCUGCAUAAUGUAGACAGCAGCUAGAUUUUAAACUAGUAAUGAGUGAGGCAUUUUAAAGUUCAGUUUCGUUUAUAGGAUGACAUGUGUGGCUUCUAUGUUGAGCUUUUGUUUAGAGGAACCAGAAAGUAUUAUGUGGUUAAACUGUUUGUUUUGUACUUGAAUUAUAAGGGGGCUACAUGAACAAUUGGGAUAUUAAUGAAUCAAGCUUUUUAGUUUGAAA